UACGUCUUCCCCGUGUUAUUUCUUCCAUUUUUGUUCUCCCUGUAGACGGGCCUCUCCUCCUUCUAGGCAGGCCCCUCCCCAGCCCAGAAGAGCCUCUCCGGGCGGAGCGCGUCCCACAAGAUCAAAAAGCCCAGUGAAGAGCACCGUACACACCCACAACUCACGCACAACGGACAAAAGCUCGAGCACAAGCCCACGCACACGCACACACACACAGGGACAAGACGCUAAGAGUUGACGAGUGAGAGUAGCAAGCGUAUAAAAGAGCAAUGAGUGACUUUUGGGAAAACAACAAGGACUCCAUCAAGAAGGGAAGCUUGAGUGCGAUGAAGACCACUGGUAAAUACACCUGGGCUGGUACUAAAGCACUGUCGAAGGCCGGCUAUAACGCAGCGAAGAACUCUGGUGAUAACGGUGGCUCCAGCAAGAGCGGUGGUGAUGGUGAAAGCGGUGGCGAUGGUGAAGAUGGCGACGGCUCUGGCUAUGUCGGGAGCACAAGAAGCCUGAACAGUCUUGGUGAUGUUGAAAGGUUCCCACCGCCUCCGCUGAAGCCAGGACAGAAGCAGUACCACAGCGAGAAGCACGCACAUGCUGGUACACCAACUGGGGUUUAUGAGCAGGGUGCUGUUGUUCCACAGGCUGGUGCUGGUCAGAGUGGGAUGCCGACACCAGGGGCCCAGUCUGUGCAGUAUCAACAGCCAGUGGGUCAAUCGGCUCAGCCUGUGCAGUAUCAACAGCCUGUGCAGUAUCAACAGCCUGUUCAAUAUCAACAGGCGGCGGGACAACCCGUUCAGUAUCAACAGCCAGUGGGACAACCUCUUCAGACUGCUCAGCCUGUGCCAUACCAACAACCAAUUGUACAGCCGGUGCAAAAUGUUCAAGCUGCUCAGUAUCAACAACCAGUAUCUGCUCAAGCACAAGCACCACAGCUACAGCAAAGGGCUGUUCCACCUCCACCUCCAAGAAAUGGAAGUGUUACUGCUCAACAGGUGCCUGUGCAACAAGUUCCAGGCCAGACCAUCACCGUGCCUCCAACACAGGUUACCGUGGGUUCAACAACGCUGAACUUGCCUUCUUACAAUGUUGAUAAACAAAAGGCCAUGAAUCUCUCUGGGCAACUGAUGUCCCAAGUAUUGCAGUCACAGCAGACCAAUGGUCAAAAUGUCCAAGUCGAGCAGCAACAAGGUCAGCAACAAGGUCAGCAACCUCAGAUACAGGUGCAAGGACAGCAGUUUCAACUACCUAGUGCACAGGCAUUGAAUCAAUUUGCUCAAGUAGCAUCCAAUGUUCAGAUUCAACAGCAACCACAGCCACAACAGCAACCGCAGGGACAAGAUAAUCAACAGAGUGUUCAGCAAUCCAGUGGAUCAACACAGUUUGGAGUUCCGAAUGCUCAGUUGAUUGGUCAAAUCGCUCAAGUGGCCUCCAGUAUUAACGUGCAACAGCAGCAACAGCAGCAACAGCAGUCACAACCGGUACAGCAACCAGUACAGCAACCAGUACAGCAACCAGUACAGCAACCAGUACAACAACCAGUACAACAGCAGCCAAUCCAAGAGGUUCAACAAUCUGCUGUCUUUGAUUACAGUACUUCUUACUAUCAAGGUGCAACUUCUGGUCCUCCUGGUCAACAAGCUGUAAUGGAGGAGUCUAUUCAACAAGAAACUGUUUAUCAACAACCGCAACCAAUUCUACAACAGUUCCAGCCUCCUCAACCACAGCUUGGUCAACAGCCUGCUAAUACAGCACCAUCACCUCCUCCAGUGGCCACGAGGGAUUACAAUAGAGCUGCCGUUCAACCUCCUGCUUCACUAUCAACGCAGCAGCAACAGACAAUUCAACCUCAACAAACAUCAUACUUUCCCCCUCAACAAACUCCAAUUCAAGAGGUUUCCACUCCUAUGACACCAAGUGCACCUGUUGCACCAAGUUUAGCAUCACCAUUGCAUACUCCCUCAACCCCUGCUAUCACUACAAAUAUACCAAAUUAUCCUGCUCCACCUAAGAGGGUCGAUAUUCCAAGUGGUGGUGGUACAGUUGUUGGAACUACUUCUGGGCCAGUCAAUGAAGAGUCCAGUGAGACUACAAAGGCAGCUGAACCUGUAGAGGAACCCGUUUCCAAAGGAAUUGCCGGUACCUAUGACUACAAGAUUGAUGUCAAAUUUGCACCACCGCCACCACCAUCUAUAAAUCGAGGCGAAGCUGCUAGUAGACCAUCAUAUUCUUCGUCUCACUCAAAGACUUCUGUGCAUUCCAGCUCGAGGCCAUUACCAACACGCAUCACAUCAAGUUCACCCACCAUUUCAACAACCUCUUCUCCUGGAAGCUCGCUAUCACCAGACAACUCUGGUCGUCAGCUACCACCACCUCCCCCAGCCAGAACAACAUCGCAAGCAACCACACCAGUCACAAAUUUCUUGCCACCUCCUAGACCAACAAACCCAUUGACCCACCAGGUGAAUGAGAUCCAUCAUCAUCAGCAGCAGCAGCAUGGUCAAUACACUUUACAUCAAACAGAGCCAAUUGCGGCCCCAUCUUACACUGAAGCUACAAAUGAACUCGAACAGUUGCCUUUACAGCAGCAGCACAUCACAACUUCUUCGUUUGCACCACCACCAAAACCAUUUAGAAGGUCUCAAUCUCCAAUGGAGUCUCCAGCUGUUGUGGAAGCUCCAGUUGAAUUAUCUCAACCAGUGGAACAGGUGACAGAACAGGUGAUAGAGCAGGUGACAGAACCAGCACAGCACUACGAAGAGCCAGAAUUAGACGUCUCUGAAGUGUCCAUCUCUGGCGAAGCUGCAGUUGAAGAAGCUAAACCAAGACUCAAACCAAACGUUCCAUCUAAGCCAGUGUUUGACGUGACCUCUGAACUUGCCAACGUCAAGUUAAAACACGUUGGUGGUAAGCCUAAACCACCUAUUCCGUCUGGUUCGAAACUUAUUGUUCCAGCUAAGAAACCAGAGGUGGCAGCAAAGCCAGUGGCAUCUUUGAACAAGCCAAAACCAGUGGUUCCCUCGCAUAAGCCGGUGACUCUGCCUGUGAUAAAGCCACACGAGGUAAAGAAGACCCCACCACCACCAGUCAAGCCCAAACCAGAUGCACUCAAGAAGGCACCACCACCUGUUAAACCAAAACCUAUAGCCUUGGAGUCGCGUCCUACCACUGAUAGCAUUACAAAGAACACGUCCUUCAACUCGGGCGUUGAUGCUAGUUCUCAACAGGAUGACGAUAACCCAUUUACAAGGUACCUGAAGGCUGCUGUUCCACAGGAGAAGGACAGGUUCCAUAGAAGAUGAAGAGUGC